AUGCUGUCGGAGUCACGGAUCGUCAACGAGGAGGGGGCGAAGAAAGUCCGCAAACUCAUGGUGCCUGACGGCCAGCGGGAGGCAUCAGUGGUGUCGCCGGCAAGCUUUCCACCCACCACGGACUGGCCGGUGCGCAUCGCCGCCCAAGGACCCCGCCGGAGGCUAGAGGAGCCAAGGCUGGCUCCCGCUCCUAGGCCGAGUGCGCCCGCCCCAGAGCCGGGCGCACCAGUAGACCCGGAGCCGAGGGCGCUGCCCUGCCUUGAGCCGAGGACGGCGGCCCGCCCCGAGCAUUCCAAGGGCGGAGCAAGUGGCCGCGGUGGAUAUGGUUGCAGCGAGGGCGGCGCCGGCGUGGCAAAGCGGCUGGAAGCGGCCGUGGCGGCAGAGCGAGCUGAGCUCAACAAGGACCGCGCCGCCCUCGUUGAAGAGAGGGGGCGGCUGGAAGAGGUCGGCAAGCUCUUGGAGGCCCGUAUCGCCUCGGCCCGCGCAACCCACGAGAGUUCGAUGCGCGCGGUGGCCGAGGAGCGGGAGGCAUUGGAGGACGUGCGAAAAGAGGCCGUUGCCGCUCAGGAGCAGGCCUGCCGCAUGGAGCGGCAGGCGACCGAGCGCGACAAGGCAUCGCGGCGGCGGGUUGCGGAGCUGCUCGCCCGGGAGCGACUGGUCCUGGCUCGGGAGGAGGCUGUCGGCAAGCGCGAGAAGUCUGCGCAGUCUGCCCAGGCGGACUUAGCCUGCCAGAGCGUUGAGCUCGAGUGUGGUCGCGCCGAAGUCCUUCGUCAGGAGGAGGAGGUCGCGAUCCGCGAGACUAACAUCGAGAUCACGGCGACGGCUCAGGAUGCCCGUGAGGAGCAGAUUGCGCUGCGCGAGGCGGAGGCCGCCCUGGUAUCGUCGGCCCUCACUGCCCGGGAGGAGCAGGUCGCCAAGCGGGAGGCCGAGCUGGCCGCCCGGGAGCAGGCCAUCACAGCCUUGGCCGAGCAGGUGAAGCGGGCACAAGCCGAGGUCCUGGCCACUAGUGGAUGUCCCAACCAGCGCAGCCGAGGGUAUCAGCCUUGA